ACGUUUAUUUACUAUUUAGCUAUUUACUGCACUGCACCACAGAACACCUUAGGCGGGGGCCCUGCACUGCACUGCAUCCUGUAUAGGACAGUUAUUAAUUAUUAUACUCUUUGAUUUACUGCAAUUUACUGAAUUCUUCACAGAUUCAUUUCAAUUAUAUUAUAUGUUAAAGCUAUAGGAAACAAGAAUGGCCUUUAGUGAAGUUUGUAGAAUUUGUUUAAGCGUUAAUAAACGCAUGAUUGUACUAAAGAAGAAUGGUCUCCAAAAUUUGUACAAAACAUUGACGUACAGUUUUAUGGAUGAGAAUGAGGGGCCCAUAAUUGUUUGUUUCAUAUGUCAUGCAAAACUCCUUCGUUGCAAAAGAUUACAACAACAGGCUAUUGCGUCGAAUGCUGUUCUGGAGCGGUUGCUUGCAGGAGCGUCCACGGUAUUAUCCAUUUCAUCCAUUAAACCCCAUAAAAGUACACUGCUGAACAUAGACCUCCCUCAUAGAUUGCCUCAUUGGGGGGAAUUCUGCCAAAUUUGCCACGCUUGGCAAGUUGGCAACUGCAGUUUAUAUUAAUCUGAGUUAUUAUCAGGAAGAUGCUUUCCAACUCCUGUUUCCGUUUCCCUCUGUGACCUCUUAUAACACCCAUCCCGUGGAUAGAUAUAUAGGGUAGUGGAUAAUCUUACAUGGCGACUACACUGUCCACAGUAUUACACUUCUUAUUAAUAAAAGUUCACAGCGUGAUGAGUCAUUAUCAUUAUAAUGAAGUAUUUGCCUUAAUCAUCACUUGGCAGGCACCUUGACGGUCACUACCUGUCUCGCUCCUUCUAUGCUGCUUCCUGUUGCCAUAUAGGAGAAUGUAUUUUCUACUACAAAGUUAAUUUUAUCCAGCUUACUUUUUCGUUAGAGCGAUGUUCUAUAUUUUAUGAAUUUCAGCAAGUUAAGUACUUAUUUUCACAAAUAUAAUUAUGCUGUACAUUUUUGAAUCUGAUUCGGAAAAUUGUUGAGACUAUUCUCGGAUGGUUGAACUGCCUACAUUUUUAUUUAUGUUUAUUCGGAACCUUUACUUUUGUCCAGUUUUUAAUAUUAGUUGGAGUUGUUGUCAGGAAGAUGCUGCCCAUCUCCUGUUUACAACAUCUAUCAGAUGGUAUGGCGUAGUAUGGAUUCUCCUAUGCCAUAACUAUACUGGCCUUUUCUCUUAUUUAAAAAAAGGAUUUGGUUUCAGUCCACACCAAAACCGCAUGAGGCUAAAGAUGAGAUUCAAUUCACACCAAUUUGUCAUAUAGAUAUCUGGCCAGUAGAGUGUGAUAUAGAAAAUGAUUGUAAGGACGAAAUUUUUAGCCUUGAUUCCGUUAAAGUAGAGAUAGAGAAUUUCGAAAAUGAGAAUUCCACAUUUGAAGAUAAUAUGAAUCAUGAAACAGAGACUGCUGAAAAACAAGAAGACUUGGAGAUUGAUGCUUUUGAAGAUGUACAUACGGAUUUGGAGGACGACUUGCCACUACUUGCAUUUGGUUCAAAGAGUAACGAGCAAUCUAAUACUGCACAAUUGAAAAAGAAGCGCAAAAAUAUUAAAAACUGUAAUGAUGACACAGAGCCGUCUGUGAAGAAGAUUAGAUCGAAUUCUACUGAUACUAACAUAAACGUAGUACGUAAAGAAAAGUUCGAUUUUGAAGGCCCUACUAUUAAAUCAAGCCCUAAAGUAAAAAGAGAUAAUCAACCAAUUAAAAAAAAAGGAAAGCAUCCUGCAAAUAUUAUGAAAAGGAAGAAUUUGAAAAGAAAGAAUGUAAAUAUACUUACG